CCCAAAGCCACGCGGUUGCUUAGUUUUUCGGAAAAUGAAGUUUUCUCUGGGAUUGCUGGUGCUCCUUGCUUGUGGCGCCACCUUUGUGGUUGCUGAUCAGGAUUACGAAGGUUAUCGAAUUUACGAGGUGACACCUUCCAAUGCCGAACAGGCGAGUAUUUUGCACCAACUAAGUGCCGAGGGUUUUGACUUCAUUGGGCAGAGUCGCCUUUUGGGGCAACCUUCGCGAGUGAUUGUGAGUCCUGGUCAGCUGGAUAAGUUCCUGCAGCUCGUCAAGGAUCACAAGAUGAUCCACAGUCUCUUCAAUUCCAAUCUGGGAGCAUCGAUUGCCGAAGAGUUCGUCCAGCUGCAGAUGCAGCGACUUAUGAACCCAAUCACUGGCAAAGGUCGCCUGAGCAACGAAAGGUAUUACAGCCACGAAGAGAUCAUCAACUAUAUUGAUGACCUGGCUCAGCGUUAUCCCAAGAGGGUAUACGUGAAGACCGUGGGCUGGUCGUAUGAGAAACGAGUCCUGAAAACCAUCACCAUCACCAAUGGCGAUGGAAAAUUCGGAAAAAAACUGAUCUUCAUGGAUGGUGGCUUCCAUGCCAGAGAGUGGAUCUCACCAGCUGCUGUUCUGUAUGUUAUUGAUCAGCUGGUAGAGAAUUUCCAGGAGAAUGCUUACCUGCUGGAGGACUACGAUUGGGUGAUCCUGCCCUUGGUCAAUGCCGAUGGCUAUGAGCAUACCCAGACCGGAACCCUGGCCCGAAUGUGGCGCAAAACCCGUCAGCCAUAUAACUAUCUGGGACAGACGUGCUAUGGAGCCGACCCCAACCGCAACUUUGACUUCCAUUGGAAUGAGGAGGGUGCCUCGUCGAAUCCCUGCUCGGAUACCUAUGCUGGUCCCAAUGCCUUCUCUGAACCCGAAGCCGUAGUGGUCAGGGAUCUGAUGCAUUCGCUUUCGGAUCGCGGUAUUAUGUACCUCACGAUCCAUUCUUAUGGAAACUAUCUGCUCUACCCUUGGGGCUGGACAUCUGACCUCCCCGAUAACUGGCAGGAUCUAGAUGCUGUGGCUUCUACUGGUGCUGAGGCCAUCAAGAAUGCCACUGGCACUGUGUACACCUACGGAUCUUCUACCAAUGUCCUUUACAUUGCCGCUGGGGCCAGUGACGAUUAUGGCUACUAUGCCGGUUUCAAUGUGUCCAUUACCAUGGAGCUGCCAGGAGCUGGAAGCAUCGGGUUCAAUCCCCCAGUUACCCGCAUUGAGGAGUUUGUGACUGAGACCUGGAUUGGCAUUCGGGCCAUGGCCGAGAAGCUCUUCGAAUUAUAUUAAAAGUAACUUCAGAGUUCUCAAUGAUAAUAUUUCAAAGUAGUAUUUGAGAAUAAAAAACUUAUCACAUUUCUUUUAAA